AUGGCUCCUCUUUUGUUGUUCCCUUUGAUCAUGCUUUCCACCUUUUCAAUCUCCGCUAUUCCUCAUUCUCUCAAUAAUGUCUCUCGUCAACAACAACAAUAUUUGCUCCUGCAAUUCAAAGCUUCUAGUUUUAACAGCACUACUUCUCUGGCCGAUUGGACUCCUGUUCACCCCCUCUGCAAUUGGUCUGGCGUUACCUGCGCUCGCUCUUCUCAUUCUGUCGUUUCCCUCAACUUAUCCAGAAUGAACUUACACGGCACUAUCUCUCCUGUCAUAGGGAAUCUCUCCUCUCUUCUAUCCCUUGACCUCUCCAAAAAUGCCCUCACUGGUAUCAUUCCGCCCGCUCUCUCUUCUUGCCGCAGUUUGUAUUACCUGGAUCUCUCCUUUAACCAACUGCAUGGCAUCAUUCCGUCCGAGCUGAGUCUCCUCAUGAAUUUGAUGAUCCUUCGUUUGGAAGCAAACAAUCUCAUAGGUACCAUUCCUACAGAAUUGGGCAUGGUCACUCACAUACAGUAUAUUUACCUUGGGGAAAAUAAGUUAUCUGGCACCAUUCCUCGUUCUUUAGGAAAUCUGUCUGGUUUGUGUAUAUUAGAUUUGGGGGUAAAUAAUCUCACCGGUGCCAUUCCUCCUGAACUGGGCAUGGUCACUCAACUGCAGUAUCUUUACCUUGAGGUAAAUAAUUUAUCUGGAACCAUUCCUAGUUCUUUAGGAAAUCUGUCCGCUUUGGUUGAAUUGGUAUUGGAAGUAAAUAAUCUCACCGGUGUUAUUCCUCCUGAACUAGGCAUGGCCACUCACCUACAAUAUCUUUGCCUUGGAGGAAAUAAGUUAUCUAGCACCAUUCCUAGUUCGUUAGGAAAUCUGUCUGCCUUGGGCAUUUUAGAUUUGCAAGAGAAUAAUCUCCAAGGAUCCAUUCCUCCUGAGCUGGGCAUGUUCAGUCAGCUAGAAUAUCUCUGCCUUGGGGCAAAUAAAUUAUCAGGCACCAUUCCUAUUUCUUUAGGAAAUCUGUCUGCCUUGCUUAAUUUAGAUUUGGAAGUAAAUAAUCUAACCGGUGCCAUUCUUCCUGAACUGGGCAUACUCCCUCACCUACAGUAUCUUUACCUUUGGCGAAAUAAGUUAUCUGGCACCAUUCCUAGUUCUUUAGGAAAUCUGUCUUCCUUGGUUGAAUUAGAUUUGGGAUUAAAUAAUCUAACCGGUGCCAUUCCUGCCACCCUCUCCGGUUGCCGUGUUGAAUUGGAAUUGGCUAAAAAUGAUCUCAGUGGUAUGAUUCCUCGUGAAUUGUACAUGCUCCCUCACCUUCAGUAUCUUAAUCUUCGGAGAAAUAAGUUAUCUGGCACCAUUCCUAGUUCUUUAGGAAAUCUUUCUGCCUUGACUGAUUUAGAUUUGGCAGUAAAUAAUCUCCAAGGCUCCAUUCCUCCUGAACUGGGUACGCUCAUUCACCUUCAGGCUCUUUACCUUUCGAAAAAUAGCUUAUCAGGCACCAUUCCUAAUUCUUUAGGAAAUCUAUCUGUCUUGAGAAAUUUAAGCUUGUCAGAAAACCAUCUGCAAGGUUCCAUUCCUCUUGAAUUGCGCACGCUCACUCAACUACAGUUUCUUUACCUUGACAAAAAUAAGUUAUCGGGCACCAUUCCAUGGUGA